AUGCUAUUUUCUAGAAAAAACUUAUUAGUUGCUUUAUCUGUUCUGUCUAUUGUCAAGGCUGACAGUUGCAAUCCGUUAACUGCAACUGACUGUUCUGCCGAAACCGCUUUAGGCACCAGUUUCUCCGAAGAUUUCACUUCAGAAUCCAAGCACUUCGCAAGCACCGGCAACCCAGGUAAAAUCAAUUACACUUCAGACGGUUUGGAAGUCACUUUGGCCAAAAGAUUUGAUAAUCCAUCGCUGAAAUCGGACUUCUAUAUCAUGUAUGGUAAAUUCGAAGUCAUCGCUAAAGCUGCUGCAGGACAAGGUAUCAUUUCUUCUGUCUUUUUACAAAGUGAAGACUUGGACGAAAUUGACAUUGAAUGGGUUGGUGGGGACACCACUCAAUUCCAAACUAACUUCUUCUCUAAAGGUGACACCACCACUUAUGAUAGAGGUGCUUUCCACUCUGUCUCUUCUCCACAAGAAGAAUAUCACAACUACACUGUUGAUUGGAGGAUGGAUAGAACUGAUUUCUACCUAGAUGGUGCCAUCGUUAGAACGUUGGCUAAUGAUACUUCUUCCGGUUACCCACAAUCUCCAAUGGCUAUUUUCAUCGGUAUCUGGGCUGGUGGUGAUCCAUCAAACGCAGCAGGUACUAUUGAAUGGGCUGGUGGUCUAACUGACUACACCAAGGCCCCUUUCACUAUGAACGUUCAAAGUAUCAUCGUCUCAGAUUACUCUUCCGGUUCACAAUACUCUUACAGUGACCAAACCGGUUCUUGGCAAUCAAUCCAAGCAAAGGAUGGUACUGUCUACGGCAGAGUCUCCAAAGGUGAACAAGAGUUUGCUGCUUUAGUCGCCGGUUCCUCUAUCUCUGCACUAGAUGCCUCCGUUUCCUCCGCUGUUUCUUCUUCUGCUUCUUCCACAUCUGCCGAAGCCUCUUCGACCUCCGAAGAGGUCUCCUCUACCACUUCCACCGAAGCUACCUCUACUGAAGCUACCUCCACCGAAGCUACCUCCUCAGAGCUAACUUCUGAAUCUUCCGCUGAAGAAACCACCUCCACUGCUUUAUUUUCUUCCGUUUUCGAGUCUACUUCUACAUCCGAACUUACCACCACCGAAGCUGUCGUCUCCGACGCUGCUGUCAAAAUCACUUCCACCAGCUCUUUCAAAACUUCAAUGACAUCUGCUAAUACCACAACCAACUCAAUUGCCCUAAGCACUGGCGCUGCCGCUUUCAACAAGGCUGUCACCCCAUUCUCAAUCUUAAUGACACUAUUCUUCUCAUUAUUAUAA